GUAUUGGUUUUUAUACACAAUUUCGGAAAGGAAAUAAGACAAAGAUAAAAGCGGUAUCUUUAAUCAAUUUAAUUGUUAUAAACAAUUAAAAGACAAGUAAAAAAAGGUUUGCAAGCAAUGAAAGUUGUUUAAUUAUUUUAGAAUAGAUUAUGUAAGAGUUUGAGCUUCAAGAGGGCUAACUAAUUCGCCUAAUUAGCAAAAGAAGCAGAUUAAGAAGAUGAUAUUAACAAGUACACUAAUGCUAAGGAAUAUUAUGAUUAUUUAUUGCGUUUCACUCCUCAAGAUGAAAGAGGCUACAUUAAAUUCCAUCCUGGUCAAUUUUCAAAAAUGGUUAAAAUAGCCUCAACUGAAGAAGAUAUCAAAUCUAUUCGUGAUGCUUAUUACAACUUUAUAGGUCACAAGCAAAAAUUUACUAAUGCCUAAGUUGAUAGAUUCCUUGAAAAGGCAGCUGAAUUGAAAGCAGCUCCUCUUAUCAAUGAAAUUUUGAUUAAUCACAAUUUUUUAAUGUACUAUCCUCACUCAAGCGUAUUACACAAGUUAGCUGAGCAUUACAUUUAAGAGAAUAAUGCUGAAGGUUUGAAUGAACUUACCCGCAUUUAUUCCAACACUCACUUUUUGAAAUUAGAAGAUAGAACUUUAGAGUUGGUAUCUAACUAUGCUAUUGAGUAGAAAAAUUAAGGAAUAAUCUUAAAUGUAGCUUAGAUUGCAUACAGAAAAGUCCUAACUUCUAUCAAUGAAAACACCAUUAACAAUAUUUUAACUGGUAUUGCAAGACAAAAAAUUGCAAAUCCAGAACCCAAGGAAGGCACCCAAAAUAAGGUUGAAACUAAAUUCCUUGCUCAUCUUAAAAAAUGUUCUUAAUCUUAUCAUACAAUUAUUGGAAGAGCUUACCUCGCUCUUGCAAACAAAGAUAUUGAUGGAUCUUUAGUUAAUCUUUCCAAUUUCAAUUUAGUCGAUUAAACCAAGGUUCCCACUGAAAAUAUCAUUUCCAACAAUGCUAUUACUUUGGAAUAUUUCGAGUGCCUUGAAUAGAAAAUUGCUGAAUCUUAAAAAACUAAAUAUGCUGAGCGUCUUGCUAAGGUUACUGCAGAUAUCCAAUCAAAGUUAGGUUAAAAAUCAAUUCACUAAGAUAUUUCUACUAUUAUUCAAAAAAUAAUAACUUCUUCCUAAUCAGUUUCUAAUGAAGGUGAACAAUAAUAAUAAUGA